AUGUGGGUUCUCGAUUCGACAGGAGAUUGCCUCGGUGGGAGGCGCCUAUGGUUGCGUCCGGGCAAAAAGUACCUAUUCGGUCGGCUUUCUCAGGGUGGAGUUGAUCAUGCUAUUUCCCACGCUUCAGUAUCAGGGAAGCAUAUGACGAUCGAAGUGUCGCCAGUAGUACUUCGUGAUGGAACACGCACCCAUGCAAGAACGAAGCUCACGGUGACCGACCUGAACUCGAAAUGUGGAACAACUGUGGAUGGUGAUCUUUUGAAGGGAGACGAGCGGGUGCUGAUUGGCGAUGACCACAAGCUGAUCGUAGGGCGGUGUCCAGGCCCUCUACGGAUCACUUGGGAGCCAGUGGUACUUAGCUUCUCCUUCUCGUCUAAAGAGAUGAAAGCAGAAGAUCCAUUGGUCAAAGUUCGAUCUCGGUUGGAAGAUUUGGAUAUUAAGACCGUCAUUCCAUACCUUGUUGACCAUACAACACACGUGGUUCAAAGCAAACGAAACACAGCCAAAGGUUUGCAAGCCUUGAUCAACGGCAAGUAUAUCGUUUGCUAUUCUUUCAUCGACGCGUUGGUCCAUGCCACAACGCCCAGUGACAACCAUACGGGACUAUCUCCAUUGGAGACCGAUUUCGAAUCUGCAUGGCCAGAUGCAAAUGAAUAUAUUCCACCUGCCGGUAAUGAGCCAAUCAGUCGCCCCGCUGGUGCAUUUUCUCCCAAUUCUUCACGCGUGAAUGUGUUUGAGGAAUACACGUUUGUUUUCGGAGAUGCCGCUCAGUUCGAAAAUUUACAAGCCGCGAUCAACAAUGGUCAAGGAAAAGCAUUAUUCUACGAAGUCAAAUAUGGUGUGACUGUUGCGGCGGAUAUCGUUCGAUUCAUGACAGAAGCUUCUGGUCAUAAGGGAGUUGGUGGCGAGCGAGAUGGCCCUGGUGGUGUUGUACUCGUUCGCUUCCGAUCCAAGGGUGAACACGAGUCCUGGUCUAUUGAGGUGGGCAAUGAAGUUGCACUAAUGACUGAUCAGCGCGUAAUUGAACAAAGUGAGUUUUUGGAUGCUAUCUUAGGGAAUGAUGCAUCGCCUCUUUGCCGCCGACUGCCCCGGGAGGAAGUAUCAAGUCAAGUUUCUGUCACUGCUGAAAGUGAGCAACAGCCCAGUAUUAUCACGAGCAAUCCUGCCUCACCACCUUCUCCACCGGUUCGCGAGACCCAAAAGUCAAAAGGAACUAGAGCCCGCAAAUUCGUUAGCAAGAUGAAGACCUUUGAUGAUGGCUUCGACAUGGACUCUGUUCCAGUGUAUAAUACUCCAGGAAAUGAUGACCCUAUUUCACAAAUGGAGUACGAGCCCGAGCCAUCUCAGGCUAAUCAGCCUCUCGCAACGAAGGAUGAUAACGAAGAAACUGAAGAAGAUAUAAUGGCAGAUUUGCUGCCCGGUACACGAGCAAUGAAACGUCGGCGUGCGGAAAUGGGCGACACACCUCAUGAGAAUCAUCCUACUGUGGUACCCGAGGCACCAAAGCGGAAACGUGUGAAGCUGGAUGUGCUCGAAGCCGCACGAAAACAUCGCGAAGAAGAGGAACAGCAGCGGCUUGCGGAAGAAAACCCUCGACUCUCCCACGAUGUCGAUAUUGAAGGCUUGAAGAAUCUCGCUAUCAUUGAGGAGAUGGAAAUUCCUGUCAGGGAUCCGCCUGUUCGAGAAGAAAAUAUUAUUUCCGACCGAUGGGACAAGCGAUGGAACGGCCGCAAGAAUUAUAAGAGAUUUAGACGGAAGGGAGGACUACAGCAUGAACGUCAGCGUGUACAGAGCGUGAUUGUCCCGCUGGAAGCAGUCACUCGCAAGUCCUUUGGCAUCGGGGAGCACUAUUGGGUUAGCAAUAGUAAUCAAGCAUCACCUGAAAGACAAGAAUCUUCUCUGUCAAGAGCCGCGUCAAGAGCUGUGUCAAGAGUGCCUGAAACUCAAGUCUCCGAACUUUCUACUACAUCUCGAUCACAGCCAUCAGUGGCUCUUACCGACUCCCAAGAUACUGUGCCGCCUUCUCGCAAACAAAAGAAACGGCCUCGGGAGUCUCGUGACUCUGAUAGCGAAGAAGAGCUUCAAUUCCGCUUCAGACGCAAGCGCUAA